AUGGAAGAUAUAUGGCAGAAUUUGAAGUGUGUAAAGGCAGCUCUGAAGCAGUUAAAUAGCAAAGAAUUCAUAAAUGUUAAUCAAAAAAUAAACAGUAUAAGAGAGGGACUGAAAGAAGUACAAGGAAUAAUGAAAGAUCAUAAUGCACCAUCAAGGCUAUUUGAAGAAGAGAAAGAGAUGCUAUAUCAAUUGGAGAAAUGGGAUAAAAUUGAGGAGUCAAUCUACAAACAGAAGUCAAGAAUACAAUGGCUACAACUGGGGGAUACCAAUAAUGCUUACUUCUUUGCAAGCAUGAAAAGAAGGAAGGCUCAGAACCAAAUCACAAGGCUCAUUGAUAGUAAGGGAUCCACAUGUGGAAGUAUACCUGUCAUACACCCUGGGAAGAUAAGGAAUGGACCAGUGUUAAGCAGGAAACAACAACUGGAACUCAUAGCUCCUUUUAAAAAUGAGGAUGUACUUGAAGCUCUCAAGAGUAUUGAUAAUAUGAAGGCACCCGGGGGAGAUGGUUUUAAUGCUUGUUUUUCAAGAGAACAUGGAAUAUGA